AUGAGUGAAGACCGCGUUUGGCUUACUAAUGAAAAAGGUGUGCUAAUCUUAAAACUCACUCAACAUCACCUCAAAGACGCUUUAGCUAUGAUGAGAGAUUCGUAUUACACAGACGAACCAGUUAGCAAAGGUUUGCGGUUACAAGAAUGCCCAGGGGCAAUUGAUGAUCUCGAGCAACUGACCAUUGAAACUUUUGAAGAUGGCUCAUCUUUAGUGGCUUUAUAUGAUGGAAAGGUUGUGGGCGCAUCGUUCAACAAAGUUCAAACCCGGUCGAAGCCUGGCGAAGGAACAUAUUUUGAACACUUUCGCGAUUUCAAAUGCAAAACGGACACUGCUAAGGAGAAUAUGAACGUCAUGAUUCAAAUUGAUGCACAAAUCAACACGUUCGCACAUUACCAACCCAGCGAGCAGAGGGGUAACCGCGGUCACUUUUCGGUCACCUGA